AUGAAGAGCAAAUAGAUAGGAUUUUUAAACGUUUUACAAAAAAACAUCUAAAAACGCUGCUCAUUGGUUGUUUUUAAGCAUUUAUUUCCACUUGAUGUGAUUUAUUUGGAUCAUAAUCUUAUUGUUCAUAAAUAUUUGAUAUCAUUUCAGAUUGGAUUUAAUUUUGAACACAAUUUUGGAAUAAUUUAAUUAAUUUCUGCAUUUUUUUCUAAAUUUGUCAAUCGAAAAUGGGCAACAGGUAUUUUAAACUUUAAUUUAUAUUAGUUUAAGUUAUUCUGAUACAUUAGAAGCAUCUAUUGUUAGCUUUAUUAUUAAUUAUUUCUUCUCAUUCUUAUUCGCUCUCACUUUAGGGCCUAUUACUUUUGUAAAUAUAAAUAUUAUCAGUCUAUGAUUUCAGAAAUUAAUAAAAGUGAAAGAAAUACUUUUGUUUGUGACUUUUUAUUUAUGGCAGCUAUUUAUGCUCUAAAUAUAUCAGUUUAUUUUAGAUGCUAUUUAAAUAGAUGGAACUUUUAUCGUAUUUACUAUUUAACCAUUUAUUCUUUUACUCUUUUUUUUAAAGAAACUAAAAGAUUAAAUCAUGAUGAAAUAGGAAGAUUAUAUGCAAAAUUAUGA